AUAUCAAGUAUUGACUGACCACAAGUUAAUCCUCAACUCUCUUUAAGCUUUCAUCCAGAAGCUCUCCAGCAAUGGCUUCCUCUACCCAAAAACCCUCUUCUUCUUCUUCUUCUUCUUCUACCUCAAUCCGUAAAUAUAACUUCGAUGUGUUCUUGAGUUUUAGAGGUGAAGACACCCGCAACAAUUUUACGGAUCAUUUAUUCGUAAAUUUGCAUCGGAUGGGGAUUAACACUUUCAGAGACGAUCAACUUGAAAGAGGAGAGGAGAUCAAAUCAGAACUUUUAAGAACUAUUGAAAAAUCAAGAAUUUCCAUAGUUGUGUUCUCAAAAGACUAUGCUCGGUCCAAGUGGUGUUUGGAUGAGUUAGCGAAGAUCGUGGAGUGCAGGGAAGAAAUGGAACAAAUAGUCUUGCCGGUGUUCUACCACGUGGAUCCUUCUGAUGUGCGAAAGCAAACAGGGAGCUUCAGAGAGGCAUUUUCCAUUCACGAAAGAAAUGUAGAUGAGAAGAAGGUGCAAAGGUGGAAGGAUUCCUUGACCAAAGCAAGCAAUCUAAGUGGUUUCCAUGUGAAUGAUGGGUAUGAGUCAAAGCAUAUUGAGGAAAUUACUAACGGGAUUUGUAAAAGAUUGAAUCCCAAGCUUUUGCCUAUUGACGAUGAUAUGGUUGGGAUAGAUUCUCGCCUAGAAGACUUUAAAUUAUUGUUAGAUAAUCACUCGAAUGACGUUCUUGUGGUUGGGAUCUAUGGAACUGGCGGAAUUGGUAAAACUACCAUUGCCAAGAUUGUUUAUAACGAAAUCCAAUGUCAAUUCAAUGGUGCUUGCUUCCUCGAAGAUGUCAGAGAGAGAUCCAAAAAUGGUUGUCAACUUCAACUACAAAAACAACUUCUUCGUGGUAUAGUGGGCCAAGAAGUAGAGUUUAGUGAUACCAAUGAAGGGAUCAAUAUAAUAAAGGGCAGACUCGGCUCAAAAAAAGUUCUUAUUGUUAUUGAUGAUGUGGAUCAGUUGCAGCAAUUAAAGUCAGUGGCCGGAAGUCCUAACUGGUUUUGUCCAGGAAGUACAAUUAUCAUUACAACCAGAGACCAACGUCUGUUGGUUGAGUAUGGAGUGACUAUAUCAUAUAAGGCUACAGGAUUACAUUAUAGGGAAGCUCUUCAACUCUUCAGCCGACAUGCCUUUGAACAAAAUGACCCUAAAGAAGAUUAUGUGGGCCUCUCAAAUUGCAUGGUACAAUAUGCUCAAGGUCUCCCUUUGGCCCUUAAAGUUCUAGGUUCUUCUCUUCGAGGCAUGACAGUAGAUGAAUGGAAAUGCGCAUUGGAUAAAUUUAAAAAAAACCCUAUGAAGAAAAUUAAUGAUGUGCUUAGAAUAAGUUUUGAUGGGCUUGAUCCUUCUCAAAAGGAGGUUUUCCUAGACAUUGCGUGUUUUUUCAAAGGUGAAUGCAAGAUGUCGUGUUAAGAAUAUUAGAUGGUUGCAAGUUAAAUCCAAUGUGGAACAUAAGAGUUCUAUGUGAUAGAUGUUUGGUAACUAUCUUUGGCAACGUCGUACAAAUGCAUGACUUGAUACAACAGAUGGGUUGGGCAAUUGUUCGUAAAGAAUAUCGUGGAGACCC